AUGAUGGACUCGUCUCCAAGCAAGGCAAAUGUCCUAUCCAGCUUUCCUCCCUCGGCGGGAGUGAAACGUCCUGCUCCAACAUUACUGCCCGCGUUCGAGCCCAUGUCCUCUUCUCCCAUUCUUCCUCGCCCUUCCAAGAGACAAGCCCGAUCCUCUCCUUCAGAGCGAGCAGCAGCAGCAUAUCAAAAGUAUCCUACUCCGAUCCCAACUUCAACAACUGGAAUUCUCUCAUCUUCACCCCCGCGUGUUCAAGGCAGACCUAGCCUUCACCGAACUCACUCGUCGAUUUCCGAACGGGCUCCACUAUCCGCGGUCCCCUCAAUUACUUUGUCCGAAAAUGGAGAUGUAUUGAGAAUGGGCAGGUCCAGUACGUCGUCGCACUACCAAUUGUCGGCCAAUCGUUUGAUUUCUCGCGUUCACGUCGAAGCUCGAUAUAUCCCCGCGUCGCUCCCUCUUGAACCGAACAGGGUCGAGAUUAAAUCUAAAGGCUGGAAUGGAGUCAAAUUGCACUGUCAGGGUAGAACAUGGGAAUUGGCAAAGGAUGAUACUUUUACCUCGGAGACAGAGAAUGCAGAGAUCAUGUUGGAUGUUCAAGACGCGCGCGUGCUGGUCGCGUGGCCAGAGAGAGACAAUAAAGACAAUGGUGGAGCUCAGACAGAUUCGUCUUGGGAUGACGAGAACUCGCCCAGAGCUCGCGUUACGGCUGUCAGUGCUCGUGGCCAAGUUAUCCAUUCAAGCCCUUUGCGUCGUGCGCAGCGCCUCGAGUCACCAGUUUCCCCUACGCCUGCUGGACCGGCCCACUCGUCGACCAAUCUUUCCGACCUCUUUUCUGAUAGUGUAGAACCAGAUGUGGUUAAGGUAUAUGAGGAUGAAUCAUCCCCAGACAACGCUCAGGACAUUGCCGCGGGACACUCCAUGGUAUCCACGCAAGCAGCAACAUCUUUCCCUGCACCCGCAUUUGACAGCCCGUCAAGCGAUCUCAGCGAGCCAGAGGAGGAACAAGAUCCAGACGAAGAAAACGACCCAAUUGUACACUCCUUCGGCCCCUUUGGAGCCAAUAUCUCCUCUCGUAUGGCCUCCUUCACCACUGGUGGCUCUCCGGAGAGAGCCCGAGGGAAACGCCAACCUACAGCCUCACCCAAAUCCAGAGCAAGCUCCGAAGCCACCAAUGAGGCCGAGGCAAUCCCAAUAAUCAAUCACGUUGUCAACCAACUUGCAUUUUCACGUCUAUCCUCCACGCCACUCUCCAUCAUCAUGAACCACCUACCAGCAGACUUAAAAGGCAGCAGCCCAUCAUUCCCAGAAAAUAAGGGCCUUACGAAAGCAGACCUUUGCAAAUUCCUAAAUUCUGCACGUUGCAUCGGGGAGAUCCACCGGGAGGGGAAAGAUGCAGCAGGAAAGGCCCUGGAGAGCGAGUAUUACUACAUUCCGGACGAAGACACGGAUGCCCAGCGCAGAGCAGCCGUUGUAGAUGGACUGAGGAAACCAAGUUUGAGGAACUGUCGAAAGCAACACAAGCAAUAUUACUGGAAGCGACCACGAACACCAUGA